GCCAGUGGCCAGACGCCAGUCACUGAGCCAGAAGACGUCCUUUAAAUUUAAAUAGCGUGGUAUCAGAAAUAAUUUGAUUGACUUAAAGAAUUGCCGUUAAAACAGGAUAAUGUCUGACCCAGAAAGAGGAGAUCGAGGUAGAAGGAGACCCAGGAGAAGGGGCGGUGGUCCAAACAGUGGCAAUAGAAAGAUUGAAAGGGAGGCAUAUGAUGGAGAUUACCAGUCAUCAAAGCCAACUAUCAUUUUGGCCAAACCUGCUGCUCUGGACUCGGGUGGAAGCACUCUUAGUACGAGCCCAUCUUCAACUUCGUCUACAAACAAGCCAGACAAGCCUGUUGUCAUGGCGAUAAGACCAAGAGAUGAGACAUUCCCAUCAAGCUCAGCUUCUGUACCAUCAGGGGAAACUACUCCAUCUCAGAUCCCCUCAGCCUCGCACCGAAUUCCUGCAGGAAUCGUCCAGACGGAUGGAUCCAGUCGACUCUCUGCUCCCCUUGAAAUGAACCAAAGCAUAAGGAUUGUAGACGACUGUCAUCAAUGGAGCGACGCAGGAAUGGAAGUUUUACUGGAUCAAACAGAUUUCUUUGUGGUAGGAGUUCUUGGACUUCAGGGUUCUGGAAAAUCCACCAUAUUAUCUCUGCUGGCAGGAAACAACCCCUCAGACAGUACAAGGCAGUACAUAUUUCCACCACAAAGUAGAGACAGUAAAGAAUUAUGUGAACACCAGACCAGUGGGAUUAAUAUGUUUGUGACAGGAGAGAGAACUAUAUUCUUAGAUUCUCAGCCAAUCAUGAGCCCAUCUGUUCUUGACAAAAUGAUUCGACAAGAGAAAAAGAUCCCUCCAGAGUACAGCACUGCUGAAAACUGUGUGGAAAUGCAGUCCCUGCACCAAGCAGCAUUCAUGAUGUCAGUGUGUCACAUUAUCUUAGUUGUUCAAGAUUGGUUCACAGAUAUCAACCUUAUCAGAUUUCUACAGACAGCUGAGAUGUUGAAGCCCUCCACCCCCUCCUCCAGUCACGAUAGCUCAUCAGGAUCUGAGGACACUAAUGAUUACUACCCAAGAAUCGUGUUCGUGCAGAACAAAUGCACCAGAGAUCAUUUCAGCAGAGAAACACACCAGGCUAUGCAAACAACACUCUCCAAGAUGCUGGAGACCUCAAAGCUCAAAUUAAAAGGGGAAGUGUCUAUGGCAAGUGGAAACCUGUUGUCAGGGUUACCGAAACAUCAGCCAACCGACAUCAACUUGUAUCUGUUUCCAAAUAUGGAAAAUAAGAAAGAAUCUCAUGGUAAGUGA